ACUUGCUGACAUUCCUGCUGUCAAGAAGCUCUUUAGCGUGCUCGUCGCCAUUUUCGCGAGUCCGACUUUCGGAAGUUUUGGCAAACUUUUCCUGGUGCCCCCGAUUCCGAACGGAACAGAUCGUCGCCUGGAACAGCGAGCUUGGCCGGACGUGACCCACAAUGCCGAAGAAUAAGGGAAAGGGAGGCAAGAACCGUCGCCGCGGUAAGAACGAGAACGAGUCGGAGAAGCGCGAGCUGAUCUUCAAGGAGGACGAGCAGGAGUACGCUCAGGUCACAAAAAUGCUCGGAAACGGCAGGCUGGAGGCGAUGUGCUUCGACGGCGUCAAGCGGCUGUGUCACAUCCGAGGCAAGCUCCGGAAAAAGGUUUGGAUCAACCAGGGCGACAUCAUACUGAUCGGUCUGCGCGACUACCAGGACUCGAAGGCGGACGUCAUCCUAAAGUACACGCCCGACGAGGCGCGAAAUCUCAAGACGUACGGCGAGUUCCCCGAGUCGGUACGCAUCAACGACACGGUCACCUUCGUCGACAACGACCUGGACGACGACAUCGAGUUCGGCGACGAUUACGACAGUUCCGAGGACGAGGUGGACGCCGUGGACGACAUAUGAUCGGCUCGCUAGCAAAAUCCGCAAAACCAGAGUAACCCAGCAGCAGUUGAAGAACGAAGCAAAUUUUCAAAUCCAAUUCGUGAAUAUUGUUCCAGUAUAUCAAAAACAUCAACCUUCAACUAGGCGAACCAGCAACAAUUAUCAACAGCUUACAAUUUGGUUCCGGUUUAGAACAGGAAAUACAUGUAUUGUUUUAUAUUUUAUUCCAAUUUAAUUGAGUUUUACAUUUUUUUCUCGGUGAAUUCCGUGGUUCAGGGUCCGGAACUGUUUCCGUUGUCGGCCGAAUAAGCUGUUAAUUUUUUUUCCAAUUUUCGAUUAAUUCCACCAACAUAGAUUCACGUUCUAUCUGGUGCACGUUCGUUAGUGCAGAUAGUAGUGGCGAAAACAACAAGCACAUGCAAAACCAAUUUGUUUGUAUAGAAAACAAAGUAUGAUAUGACGAAGAAGAAAGGCGAAAGGAGGUAGAGGAAGCAGAAAAAAAA